AAAUUGUCCAAAGUUUCUAUGGACAUUUUCUUUUCCUUAUAACUUUCCUUGUGCGUUUAGAAAAAAAUAUACGGAUUACAGAACAAAAUUACGACAGAUCUUGAAAGGCGCGAUGAAAUGAGUUCAGAGUGAGUUAAAAUGUAAUUGUUCAAAAAAUUACACUUUCGAAAUUCCAAUAAAGAGUCCAUGGAUUUUCCGAAUGCAAAAUCCGAAUGAAAAAUGCUUAUAGGGUGUAAUUCGUGGUCGUCCGGGUGUCAAAAUCUCGCGUCUGGUUUGUUUAUGUUUCGUGUUUCUAAGUAAUUUCGCGCAAAUUUGUGUUAUUUCUGCACGAUUCACGAGCAAUCACUUCUCGAAAACCAUCACGAGAUACUGUCGUAUCGUAAUGGACGCAAAGACGCAUGAAUUGAAUGCCAAGUUGGUGGCAAACGUAAAGAAACACCGCGUUUUGUAUGACAACACUGUGCCGGAAUAUGCUAUAAAGAGGUACUCCAAGUCCGCAUGGGAAGCUAUCGCUAAAGUCUGCGGCUUGUCUGAGAAUGAGUGCAAAUUGCGGUGGAGAAACUUGCGAAUUAGCUUCCUGCGGUACAAUCGCACCAAAAGGAACUCAAAUUCUCAUGUGAAGCCAUACUAUCUCCAGGAAGACAUGGCCUUCAUGCUGCCCUUCAUAAGAACGCCGACUGGCGUGAACAGGAGAAAAAGUGCCGUGCACUCGCCGCGACAGCGAACAGUUUCCAGGCGAUUCAAAUUCAAGCCAGAGGCGCAUGAUGAGCUGAAGGAAAUCACAGAAGGUGACGACGACAGUCAGGAUAUCCAGUUUGAGUACCUUGAUGAGACGGAUGAGAAACAUGUGAUUCUCGAAACGACCUCAAAACGCGGAUCGCCGCUUAGCAUCAUCGGGCGGGAUUCUGAGGAGCAGCAGGAUGUGGUGCAGUCAUUGCAGAGCACCAAGGACAACAUUUAUGAGAUUGUGACAACUUCCAGGCGUGAUAUGGAAGACAAUCCGGACUGGAAUUUUCUCAAGAGCUUCCUUCCUGACUUGCAGAAAAUGUCGCCUGGACAAAAGAUAAAAUUCAAGCUCGCUCUUUGUUCAGCAAUUAACGAUAUUCUGUACGUGUAG